GGCUUCUUCCGCUUCUCGUGGGUUUGGCCGGACUCGCCUCGUGAGCUGCUGCCGCCGCCGAGCCUGAGGUCACGCGGUGUGGACUCGGAGGUCCGGAGGUCCCAGACAGCGAGGACGUCGCCAUGCCUAAAGCACCAAAGGGAAAAAGUGUAGGACAAGAAAAAAAAGUCAUCCAUCCAUAUAGUAGAAAAGCGGCUCAAAUUACGAGAGAGGCCCACAAACAAGAAAGAAAGGAAAAACUGAAGAAUGAAAAGGCAUUGCGUCUCAACCUUAUUGGUGAAAAACUGCAAUGGUUUCAAAAUCAUCUUGAUCCCAAAAAAGUAGGAUAUUCAAAGAGAGAUGCUUGUGAAUUAAUUGAAAGGUAUUUAAAUCGGUUCAGCAGUGAGCUGGAGCAGAUUGAGUUACACAACAGCAUCAAGGGCAGGCAGGGCCGGCGGCACUGCUCCCGAGAGGCGGUCAUCAAGCAGACUAUGGAGCGGGAGAGGCAGCUGUACGGGGGCUACGGCCUCGGUAGGAGCGGGAGAGGCAGCGAGAUUCCAGACAUUUUAAAUGCAGGUAAUCUGAAAACUUUUAGGGAAUGGGAUUUUGAUCUGAAGAAAUUGCCAAACAUUAAAAUGAGAAAAAUCUGUGCUAAUGAUGCAGUGCCUAAGAAGUGUAAGAAGAAAACUGUGACAGCCGUAGACAGAGAUUUAGGAGAAUUGGAACUGAAAGAUGAAUCAGGUGACACAGAUGAGGAGAUGACUGCAGUGGCCUAAUUGUCUUUACUUGAGUUGAAAAUAAUUUGAGAACUUCAAUUUACACUUUAAUUGAUUAUGGUAAAUAAUUGUCUCUACACAGCAAUUUGCUGUUUAGCUUAUUCUCUUAUAUGAUGAGAAUCCCAUUUUCAGUUCCAAAAACAGUGUUGUGAUUUUUACUUAAAAAUGAAUGUUGCUUUAUGUUUACAUUGUUAGACUAGGUAGAAAUGCUCUGCAAAAUCCAUUUAAUCUGAAUUUCUGGGGCUGGGAGAGCAAUAUGAACGGGGACAAAAAAUGUUGUAAUUUUUCCCCUCAUGUUUACUUAGAAUCACCUAAUCUCACAUUUUGGGGCAUGGGCAGCAGCUGUUUGCUAGAAGGUUACUGUGGUACUUCUUGAGCAGUGACAAUGGCAAAAUUGCCUUUUAGUAAUAUGUUUUACUCUUCUUCCUCUUACACGUUAAAACUAUUUUCUUUCCUUUUAAAAUAGGGAAAAUGUGAUAUGGAAUUUAUAUACAUUUAUGGAUUGUACAUUGCUGUUAUUUAUUAACUUUGAGCCAGAGUUAGUUAAAUGGUUUAAAAAAACCAGUAACUAUUCUUGUUUUGUUUAUCUCCUGCAUUUAACCUGUUAUCUUGAUAAAGGGGAUGAAUGAUUUCAGGUUAGCUCUUUGGGUUUGUAUAUUAUUUUUAGCUUUCUCAUUGUGAAAAGUGAUGUUUUAUUUGUGGAAACAGAACUAAAGAUUAGAAAACUAGUCAUUUCAAUUAUCUUAUUUUUUCUUCUAAGAGAUAGGUUAAAUUGACAUAUAACAGGAUUUCUAGUAUCAUGAAAAACACGGAUGUGGUUGAACGUUCUUCACAGAACUUGUUAAAUGCAGGUGUCUUCUGGUCUGUUUCCUAAAGAAUGCAAUGCAGGAGUAUGUGAGUAUUUUCAAGGAAAAAAAAUGCUGCAUGACGUAACUAGGUA